CUCACCUUUCUAAGAAAACCAGCCCCAACCAGACCUCCUGUGCCAUGGCUUGCUGCGUCGCCCGCUGCUGCAGUGUCCCCUCCGGCCCCGCCACCACCAUCUGCUCCUCAGACAAGUCCUGCCGCUGCGGGGUCUGCCUGCCCAGCACCUGCCCUCACACCGUCUGGCAACUGGAGCCCACCUGCUGCGACAACACACCCCCACCCUGCCACGUUCCCCAGCCCUGUGUGCCCACCUGCUUCCUGCUGAACUCCUGCCAGCCGACGCCAGGCCUGGAGACCAUCAACCUCACUACCUUCACCCAGCGCUGCUGCGACCCCUGCCUCCCAAGCAACUGCUGACCUGUGAGGGGGCCCAACAUGAUGACACCAGCAGCCCUCUAGUCAGUAUCUAUCUAGUCAGUCUUCACUUGCCACGGAAAGUUAGCAGAUGUUAAGGUAGACCAGAUGGCCUAGAAGCAGGAACCCUACCUUUGCCUCUAACAGGAAGAAAUCCAAGAAACUCCUCUAUGACUGAAUAACAAUUUGGUUGUUAUUCAGAAGAAAUUCCUCUUGACUGAAUAACAAUUUGGUUCAGAAGAAAUUCCUCUUGACUGAAUAACAAUUUGGUUCAUCUGGCCAACUGAAAGUCUUCCAUUAUCGAAAUGCUAUGAAAAUCUUUAAGACUUCAGACCAUGUUUUCUUGGUCAUGUUGCAUCCUGGAUCUUAUUUCCUGUAUUCAAUAGUUUCAUAAAAGCAAAAGAAUCUGCUGACAGGUUUUCUAAUAAACUUUAUUUCCCUGGCCA